AUGUCGGUUUCCACCUCAUCAUCAAGGGACCUGACCCGGUUUGGAGGAAUAAACUGGUUCAAGGAUGGGCCUAAUGGCGAAAAGAAUAAGACUGGCAAAGAAAUGUUUCAACACUUUGUCAAUUGUAUUGAUGUAGGGGUAGCAAAGGAGAACUUGCAUAAGCACAUGCAGAAAGAAUUCCCGUCGGAGAAUUGGACUCCCAACGCUAUUACUCUGGUUUUGAAAAUCGAGAACCUCCCAUACGAUCCAUGGGAUUUCCCACCACAAAAGGAUGUAGAGAUUGACAAAAUUGGCGACGAGAUUUGA